AUGACGAUAUCGGCAGAUGUUUUCCCGUCAACUUCUCUCGAAUCUUUUAACACCGAUCCCUCUACAUAUGACCAUUUAGAAGAUAUUAUCACAAAUAAGGAUGGUCAAGUACCUUUGCAUAAACGAUUUCGUGCAAUUUUUACCUUGAAAAACAUUGCCAACGAGAAAAGCAUUGACAUCCUUGCAAAAGCCUUUAAGGAUGACUCGGCAUUGCUCAAACACGAACUUGCUUAUGUGCUGGGACAAAUAAAAAAUCCCUACGCGAAUCCAGUGCUCAGCUCCGUAUUAGCAGACGAAACAGAAGACCCGAUGGUUCGACACGAGGCAGCUGAGGCCCUUGGAGCUAUUGGAGAUUCAUCGUCGUUAAAUAUUCUUGAAAAAUACUUACACGAUGAACACUCUGUUGUCCGGGAGACAUGUGAAUUGGCCAUCGCAAAGAUUAAAUACGAAAAUAGUAAAGAGGAUUCAGAAGAUAUAAAAAGUAUAUUCACUUCAAUAGACCCCGCACCACCAAAUACGAAUAUUAAAUCAAUUCCCGAAUUACGCGACAUUCUUCUUGACAUCCGACUUCCUUUAUUUGAACGUUACCGCGCAAUGUUUGCAUUACGCAAUUUGGGUACCAAUGAAGCCGUCCUGGCUCUUGCUCAAGGUUUAGACGACCCAUCUGCUUUAUUCAGACAUGAAAUCGCUUAUGUAUUUGGGCAAAUGCAAAAUCCAGCUAGUGUGUCGGCCUUAGUUAAGACACUAGAAAACAUAGACGAACUGUAUAUGGUUCGUCACGAGGCAGCUGAAGCAUUAGGAUCUAUAGCAACUCAAGAUUGUUUGCCAAUACUAAAAAAAUUCAAAGAAGAUCAGGAAAGGGUUGUCAAGGAAAGCUGUGAAGUUGCACUGGACAUGUAUGAUUAUGAGAAUUCCCGUGAGCUACAAUAUGCUGACGG